AUGCCCUGGCGGCCGCUGCCUCGAAUUGCCUUCGCGGUGGCCAUAUACCCCUUCCAACCUUCCUCCCCCGCAGACCUGCCUCUUGAAUUAGGCGAUGAAUUGUAUAUUAUUGAACAGGGAGGAUUGGAUGGAGAAUGGUGUCGAGGAUAUUUGGUUGCGCCGCCGUCCUUGUUGGCGGGGUUAACGAGCACCAAGGGUCAGACCCUCGAGGCUCGUGUAUUUUCCGGCAUCUUCCCACGAAACUGCGUUGAGAUCCGGGAAGUUCUGGGUGAUGGUGAAGGAUACAAGGCCCUCCUUAAUGGAAAUGGCGAUCGCAAGAGUAUCGAUCGAUUGACACUGCCAGGAUUGGAUCUCGAGGGACAGUCGCGGAGUAGCGUGGCAUAUUCGAUGGCCGAGUCCCAACUGGGUGAAGUGUCGGAUGUGGUACUUGCAAAGAAGGGCAAGCCCGCACAAAUUGUGAUCCAUAAGACAGACGAGCUUGACCACGCCAGUCCGCGAUCCAUUCAGACCGAUGGAAUUGGUUCAAUUCCUCACACACCGGUGAAUUUUGCGCCCCGGGAUCCCGAUGCGCCCAAGCCUGCAGCGCCUGUGCCUAUGUUGAAAAUUGGCGAUGAGACACCAACUUCCUUGACAGAACCCUUGGUGGACGAAAUCGCGUCUUGCCUCCGCGAAUGGCAUUCCACCAACUUGCACGAGCUCUUACUGGCCCAGCAGUAUGAUGUAUUGGAUGAGAUGUCCACAAUUGUACAGGAGCUGGAUUUUGCAAGACGCCAAUUACUUCAUAAUGUCUUGACUAGCCAGGAGAAGGAGAUGUUGCGGGAUGAAACGGUCUGGAAACUCGUUAAAGCGAACAAGAUGCUUAGUGGAGACAUUAUUGUUCGCGACCCAGACCAGAGAGGCCGAUUAUUGACAGGCGAGGAUUCUGCUAUUCAACUAGCAAAGCUGCAGUCUGAAAUGGCUAUGCUGGAGAGCAGGCCUACCACCGCCUCGGACACCACUGCUCUGCACCACAUGCUCUUGGAAAUCAAUGCGGUGUCUGGAAACAUUCCUGGGCCCGUGUCUUUGGCGAUCCAGCUUUACUCCCGGUCUGACUCCGGGGUAUUUAGUCCACUUUCUGAGACAUUUAGUUUGGACAUUCCGUCCCCCGAGAAGUUUGUCAGCCUGACCCAGAGCAACAAACUAAAGACCUUGUUUACUGAACUAGCGGCCACGGAUAUCGGAGACGGCUCUGUAAAUGGGCGUCAGCUUUACCUUGCCACAUCAGUUCGUGCUGCAGAAGUACGCUCAACAGCUGACAGUACCCCUGCCUCGCGACCCUCCAUGUCGAGAGAGAGCCCUUCCACUCCCAAAACAAAUACAUCUGCAGGCAUACAGCCCUCAGUGAAGGGAAGCUUGCGAACGCGGCGCAGUAUGAUGUGGUCUCCGAAGGCCCGGGGUCCCAACGAUGGUGUAACACCGAAGACCACUGCCCAAGGAAUCCCACGUUCGUCGAGCAGUUCAUCGAGUGUAAAGGAACCACCAGCCCCUCAGCCCACGACGACAAAAGAAUCAUCAGCCAUUCGGACCAUUGGCGUUGGUAUUUUGGAGAUUUCGCCCAUUCUUCGACAAGAUCGAGAUGCUGAACAGGUGAUCAAUAUUUGGUCGCCUUCCCGUGAUGGCGAUGAAGGUGAAGGAAACGCCGAUGGGUUUGAUAAACUACUCCAUGUGCUUCUGCCUAGCCACACUGGUCGUUAUGUGCGCUCUGAUUAUGCUGCACGCCUACAUGUCCAUCUCCACCCCUUCGCCAGCACUGAUCCUGAAACCCUUGUUCGUGAAAACCCCACAAUUCUGCACGAUGUUGUCCAGACAAGGCGCAUCGGAUUCUCCAAGGCCCCCACCAAACCACGCUCCGAUAUCUACAUCACUCUCUCGCAGGCUGUGUUCCCAACAGAUGCUCUCCUCUCUCAUCCUACCGCUGGUCAAAUUCCUCUGCAAACAAACACCGGUCUGCAUAAUCUUCAGCUCACCUUGGAGGUGCGCGAUGUCAACGGAGCUCGCAUCGAUCGCUGUGUGUUCCCUUCUUCAGCGAACGCGUCACACACGGCAUGGCGAACUACCAUCGCGGCACGGGGCUCGCCUUGGAACCAGACAAUCCGUCUAAAGAUCCCGACUGAACAGAUUCCUGGAUCGCACAUCAUCAUGAGCGUUGCAGAUGCACCGGAGUUCCCAUUUGCUCUUUCCUGGAUGCCCCUCUGGGACCAAAAAGCCUUUAUUCGCGAUGGAAGCCAUUCAUUACUGCUUCAUGCCUAUGAUAAGCAAACUUCAAGCAUGGAGAAUGGAAAAGGCGCUUACUUGAGCCUUCCGUGGAGCGCACUUGGCAAAAACGAAUCUGCCAAGGAUGAAGCACUUACAGGUCCAUUGGCAACUCUGCGCCUCGAGACACAUCUGUGUAGUACUGAAUACUCACAGGAUCAGGUCAUAUUGAGUCUGCUGAACUGGAAGGAACGCCCAGUCGAUGAGGUGCUGGACACGCUGAAGCGAUUGCUCUUCGUCCCCGAGAUUGAAAUUGUCAAGCAGCUGCGUGGCGUUUUCAAUGCACUUUUCGGAAUAUUGGUAGAAAAUGCCGGUAACGAGGAAUACGAAGAUUUGAUUUUCCACAAUCUAGUCACAGUACUAGGGAUUGUUCACGAUCGACGAUUUAACCUGAGUCCUCUAGUGGACCAGUAUGCCGAUGAACAAUUUGACUUCCCCUUUGCCACGCCAUGCCUUAUUCGAAGCUACCUACGACUACUGAAUGCCCCCACAGAGCCAAAGCAGUCCCGCAACCUCCGCGCUGCUUUCAAGGUUGGCCGCCACUUGCUGAAGUUCAUCAUUAAUGCUCGUGAACAACAAAAAGCCAAGGAGGAGGGCAUUGGCAUUACUUCAGUGCAGUCCACUUUUAACCGAGAUCUACACACGAUCUUCAAGUCAAUGGAGAAGUUGAUGAAGAAUUCCAAUCCGGCAUUGGUCGGCAGUAAGACAUUGAUCGUCCAGCACUUCCACUCCUGGUUGCCUGAGCUUUCUAAGGUCUUUGGCCGUGACGAAAUGAUUAUGAUUGCGUUGAGUUUUAUGGAUUCCUGCAAAGAUGUGACGGGCAUGCUAGUAUUGUACAAGCUGGUGCUGAUCCAAAGUUAUACCCAAUUUGAAAUCUUCUCAUCUGGUGAAGAGAGGCAAACUCUGAUCUCCAGCUGCGUCGGUUGGUUGAAGCCGUAUUGGGGCUCUGGUGCGGGUGUUUCCGACCAAUACCGGGACCAGGUGCGACUGAGCAGUGCGAUUGUCGCUCAACUGCUCACUCAACCAGAUGCACAACUGUAUGACUUUAUGCCAAGCGUUGUCGCCUCUUACUGCGCUAUUGUUACAGAGGGGGUGGAUGAUACCGAAUACCUCUCCCUUCUCUUCAGCAAGUCCUUCCCCUUCCAAGUCAAGCUGUCCAAGACACCCCAGAAAUUCGAUGAAUCUUUGGUGGAGCUUUCUGCUAUUAUGGCAGCUCUUUCUAAGAUUGUCUCGCCUAAGACACCCAACCUGAAAGAAUUGGAGCUCGCAACCUUUAUAGCGCAGGCUUUCGAGGCACACAAUUCCAUCAUCGAUUGUGAGGCAUACCCCGAAAGUUGGUUUAGUAUUCAUGUCUACAACCACCGUGCCGCCAUCAAGGGUCUUGAACACCUGGCCCUGCUCUUAAUUGAAAAGUUUCUUCCCGCUCCCGAUGAUGCUGAUACCUUUGACACGAAGCUUUGGGAGUCAUUCUUCACCACGUUAUUGAAGGUUAUUUCUAGUGACGCCCUCGCCCUUGAGACCUUCCCCGAGCAGAAGCGGCGAGCUGUAUGGAAGAUUGCCGGUGAUGUUCGUGAGCAAGGUGCAGACUUGCUGCAUUCAACCUGGGAAGCUAUCGGUUGGGAGACUACCGACGAUGAAAGAGAACGUUACAACCUGAAGCGUAUGGGUGGCUACCAAGUUCAGUACGUUCCGAAUUUGGUACCCCCGAUCAUCGGAUUGUGUCUUAGUGUGCACGAGGGCCUGCGUCACGUUGCUGUUCAUAUUCUCCGGACCAUGAUCUUGAGUGAGUGGGACCUCAACCAGGAUAUUUCUAUAAUCGAAACGGAAAUUAUCUCGAGCCUGGAUUCUCUCUUCAAGUCCAAGCACAUGAGUGAGAGUGUUAGCCAGAAAAUAUUCAUUGGUGAACUGCUUGAUCUCUUUGAGGCAGAUGCCGAAUCUGAUGAGGAUUUGUUCAACGCCGUCAAGGGCCUUAUCUCAACUGUGGAUGAGCUUCUCGACCUCUUGGUGGCCUCUCAGGGCAGUGCUGCAAUUCAGAGUUUGCAUGCCCUAAAGCUUAUGGAGUACAUGAAGGAUAUGGGGCGCGAGGAUAUCUUCAUUCGAUACGUGCAUGAGCUCGCCGAUGGUCAAGCUGCUGCUGGCAAUUUCACAGAAGCUGGACUGGCGCUUCAAUUCCACGCCGAUCUUUACGAAUGGGAUGCUGUAAAACUCCUGCCCGAGACAAUGACCCCGGCUUUCCCUGCGCAAACUGCAUUUGAACGCAAGGAGUCUUUGUAUUUUUCAAUCAUUCAACACUUCGAGAACGCUAUGGCGUGGGCACCUGCUCUAACUUGCUACAAGGAAUUAUCUGCCCAGUAUGAAGCUGCGACAAUGGACUUCGCCAAGCUCUCCCGGGCCCAGAGUUCUAUGGCCCGUAUCUAUGACUUUGUUGCCAAGGGUACUAAGCAGUUCCCGCGCUAUUUCCGCGUUGUUUACAAGGGUCUUGGGUUUCCUCCUAGCCUGCGUGACAAAGAAUUCAUCUUCGAAGGAUCGCCGACAGAACGUAUGGCUUCGUUUGUUGACCGUAUGCAGCGUGAAAACCCUACAGCACAGAUCAUGUCUUCAGGCGAUAUUCCUGAUUACGAGGGUCAAUUUCUCCAGAUUAGCGGUGUCACUGCUCAUCGCGAAGUUGCUCAUCCCGUUUAUCAGAGGUCUAAGAUUCCUCUUUCUGUUCGAGAUCAUCUUUUGAUAUCCAACCCCAUCAGAUUCGCCGCCACUUCACGAAGGCACACCUCCAGCCCAGAUGUGCGGGAGCAAUUCGUUGAGAAGCUGAUAUUCACCACUGCGGAACAAUUCCCCAAUAUUCUUCGGCGAAGCGAAAUCAUUGCAGUCGAAGAAAUUGCCUUGUCUCCCUUGCAGACCGCCAUCGAGCGUACAUGCCGCAAGACCCAGGAAUUGCAUCUAUUGGAACGUCGUGCUACAUCGGGCGAGGAUAAUGGUCUGUCGAAUCUCACAGAAGCGUUGGAGCAAUUGCUGGAUUCACGAUCUUCAUCUUCUAACUGUGUUGCCUCGUACCGUGGGUUCCUGCGCGGCGCGCAAGGUGCAAAGGACAAGCUCGACGAGGCAGAUGAAGAUGACCUGAACGAAGAGGAGGACGAGGAAGAGGAAUUCCCGGAGACCAUGGACCCAAUGGAGAAUGCGCUUGCUGUUGCAUUAAUUGAUCAUGCUCUGGGAAUCAAACAUGCGUUGACCCUCUACCAACGUCCUGCCCAGCAAGCAACCCAGGCGGAGCUUCUCCGACGCUUCGAGAAUGUGUUCGAACCCGAACUGGCUUCUCUUGCUUCAUCACCACCGGACAUGCAUAGCCCAACCCCAACUCAGACAGCCCGCCAAUCCUUCAACUCGGGAAGCCGCCGAAACCAAAAUGGUCAGAGGUCACUCAGUCCAGAGCAGGAGCUCAUUCGGGCUUCACGGACCAACGGUCACACUCACAAACGAUCAGAGCGUCAAUCCGUCAGCCACCGGAUCAGUAUCAUGAACCCCUUUAAGCGUCACGGCGCCUCAAACUCCAUUUUUACCCUCCAGCAGGCAGAAUCUAAAGCUCAAAAUACCUCGGCUGAGCAGGAUGAUGUCGAUGACGACGCAGCAACAAUCCACAGUCGAACAACCACCCAUUCGCGAGGUGGAAAGAGUGACAAACGCCGAAGCUGGUUCGGUGGCGACAAAAAGCACGGCUCUUCUCCUUCAAUUGCCGGAGCGGUUGAUGAGAACGGAACCGCCUUGAAGAACAGACCCUCCCGUAGUGCCUCCCGCGACACCGCCGCCCAAUCUCAGGACGGCCGUAGUCGUGCAGGUUCACAACAUCGUGGCCCUACUUCCAGCGGCACCACAGGCACAACAUCUGAUCGGCCUGCUCCUGCUGCGAGUGGCGGCUGGUCCACACUCCCCCCUACACGUGAUUACUCCCGCCCUGUGACACGCGAUAGUACCCACGGUCCUCGCGAGUUGUCAGUGAAUUCCAACGGAAGCGGUACCGGGACUACCACGCGUGUCUCAACCACCUCUGCCGGACCUAACGCCGGUGUACGCGACUCCGUCUUUCGCCGAUUCAGUCUCCUUAAGGGUGUCGGGCGCAAAACCAGCCGCAUGGACUUCAAAGCCAACGGCACCUUGCAAGAGGAGUGA